CAUGCCUCGCCGCGCACACAUCCUACCUGUGUGUUUGAUUUCACGGAGACGCGCAAAUAAGGUGAAAAGGUUUCCGCACCCCGCGAAGGGUCCAGAGGUGUGAUCGAUGAGCCCGGAGAGUGUUUUUUUUUUUUUUGAAGGUGGACAGCGAAAGCAUGUUUUUACUGGCCGUUCGCACAUGCAGUCCUCGGGAAAGUUAAAGGGGCCCGGUCUCACUGAAGGUGGCAGGGCAGCAGCUGUGAGCACAGGGAGCUGAUGGUCCUCUCUCUCUCUCUCGCGUCAGCGCUGCUUUUCUGCACUGAGGAGGGAUCCAUGUGAAGGGGAGGCGCCCCGAGCGAGCAGAGCUGCACGACUGCUGGCCGAAUUCGACAAUUAACCUUGAUGAACACAGAUUGCGUUCACUUAACAGGCGCAGGUGCGUGGAGUUCCCGAUGCCGCGCAGCUGAGCGAGUUCACGUUAAUGUGCCGUACGCCGACGCAUUUAAGAUUGAAACUACACCGGGAAAGGAUAUUGCCGCUGAUGGUUUCUUUUUUUGUUGGAGUUUUUUUUUUUGUUUUGUCACGGGACAGGAUACACGUUGCAAUGGGAGCCGUCCGAUAUCCAUCCUCGUAGCUACAGAAGCCGAAUUCAGGAGCGUUGCUGAAGUGAUUUGAUUUGGAGACCCUUGUCGGAAUUUGACCGCCGUGUCAUUGGACAGCAGUCACGGUCCCGGCAGCUUAGAGGCAUCUUCUGAACGGCGCAGAAUAGAAGAGCGGGGGAGAUAAAGAAAACAACUGUCCGCUUCACUACUCUCCAUCUGCGACCCUGAACGGAUUGAAAUGAGGAUCACAACCCGGCUGUGUUCCGUGUGAAGAGGCAAGCGGGGGACGGCAGUUUAUUCGGCUCUCAAGGACGCAAAGAAGUGAACGCCGGCCGGGCUCCGGAAGCAUGGAGCGGGACGACACCGACACCGGGAGCGCGUCCAAAAAGACUAUAAUUGCGAAGAUAUUCAAAGUUCGCAGGAGGAGGGAGAUGCUUUUCGUCCAGGUGUGCUUCGUCUGCAGUAUCCUCUUAGCAGCGUGGGGCAUGUCGGCGUUGUUGACCAAGACAGGCCAUGGGAUGAUUGUGGAGGGACAUGCGGACGUUGAAUACUGGGGAAGACGGCUAAUGGCUUCAGUACCAGACAACGAAACGGAGAAGAAGAACUGCUCAGCGCCAGCAAUACACGAGUUCCCCAAUGACAUUUUCACCAAUGAUGAACGUAAGAGCGGGGGCGUUGUGCUCCACAUCGCGGCGGCACUCUACAUGUUUCUGGCCCUCGCCAUAACGUGCGACGAAUACUUUGUGACGGCGCUGGAAAAGAUCUGUGAGAAACUUGAUCUGAGUGAAGAUGUUGCAGGAGCCACCUUCAUGGCAGCUGGCAGCUCUGCGCCAGAGCUUUUUGCUUCAGUCAUUGGUGUCUUCAUCACCCACGGUGAUGUGGGGGUAGGGACCAUCGUUGGCUCGGCGGUCUUCAACAUCCUUUGCAUCAUUGGUGUCUGCGGGAUCUUUGCUGGACAGGUGGUGAUUUUAACCUGGUGGGCAGUUUUCAGGGAUUCCUUCUACUACACCCUGUCUGUUUUGGCUUUAAUUGCAUUCAUCUACGAUGGGAAGAUAGAGUGGUGGGAGAGUUUGAUACUGGUGGUCAUGUAUGUUGGAUAUAUCCUGAUCAUGAAAUUCAACACCAGCAUGCAGAGACUUUUCAUGGGGUCGAAGUCUAACAAGAAUGUGGCCAAUGGCAACGCUGCAGCCAGCAGUGAGAUGGAGGACGGUAAUACUAGUUAUGCCUAUGUUUGGGAUGACGACCCGUCAUUGCCUUUAAUCUCACCAGUCAAGCCCACCAAGGCUUACAGCCGUGGAUCGGUGGUGAUGGUGGACGAGAUCAUGCACGCCAGCCCUUCAAAGUUCAGGUUCCCAGAAGCCGGCCUCCGUGUCAUGGUCACCAGCCAUUUUGGACCCAAGACCCGUCUGCGCAUGGCAAGUCGCCUCAUCAUCACAGAGCGCCAGAAGUUGGUCCAAGCAGCUAAUGGAGUGGAGACGCAAGUGAUUGACGGGAAGGUUGAAAUCGAGAAUGGAAACGUGCCAGAGGACAAACCCAGCGAAGAGCCGGAAAAUGAAACCAUCUCUCCGUUUCAUAUUCCAAGCGGUAUUGGCAGCCAGUUGAAGUGGCUGAUCUCGUGGCCUCUGCUCCUGUUGCUGUUCUUCACCGUCCCGAACUGUGCCAAGCCUCGCUGGGAGAAAUUCUUCAUGGUCUCCUUCAUCCUGUCCACCGUCUGGAUUGCCGUCUUCUCCUACUUUAUGGUCUGGAUGGUGACUGUAAUUGGCUACACUCUGGGAAUUCCCGAUGUCAUCAUGGGCAUCACUUUCCUGGCAGCAGGCACCAGCGUCCCAGACUGCAUAGCCAGCCUCAUUGUGGCUCGGCAAGGUUUGGGAGACAUGGCCGUGUCGAACACUAUUGGCAGUAAUGUGUUUGAUAUUCUCGUGGGACUUGGGGUUCCCUGGGCGAUACAGACCAUGUGCGUCAGCUAUGGAUCAGUGGUGAUGAUCAACAGUCGUGGCCUGGUGUACUCGGUGGUGCUUUUGCUGGGCUCCGUGUUCCUCACGGUGCUGGGGAUCCACCUGAAUAAAUGGAGGCUGGACGUGAAGCUGGGCAUUUACGUCCUGGUGUUGUACGCCAUCUUCGUCUGCUUCUCCGUGAUGAUCGAGUACAACGUCUUCACCUUUGUCAACCUGCCCAUGUGCAUGGAGGACUAGAGCACAGCAGCAUGCCUCCGAUACCAAAACCUCAACGCUCCCAUUGCAACCCCCAAAUAUUUUUUUUCUCCCCCAAGUAUACUGGACCUAUCUGCAGACUCUUUUUCUCCUCUCUUGCGCUCUUUCUUACGAUCCUUUUAGUCCCAAAUAGGAAUCUCAUUUCCUCAAGAGGCAGUACAUGCUGUAAGAGUGGACUUCAUUCUAUGUCUCUAAUUUGUCCUCUUGUCACACAGUGCCGGUCCUUAAUUCUAAUUAUUUCAGGCAUUGCCUGUUAUUGCAGGAGAGUCUUUAGUUAUUCUGUGCACCUGUUACCUUUCUACCCGUUUAGCAUGCCUUUAGAUGUUGGGGACCUCCAGAAUCAUAAGUGCCCCCUGUUGAUUGUUGGUGUGUGUUUUCACUGUUUUCACAUAUAGAUUUCCGCUCCAUUUCCAAAGCCUUUCCACAAACCAAAAGAGUUUGUGACGGGGGAAAUGGAUUCCAACCAAAACCCCCACAUAGAGAUAACUCUCCAUGAACUCACGCCUGAAAAUAAUUACAGUUCCUCCAGCACCCAAAGAAAGAAAUACACUCUCCUUUCCCUCUCGACCCCAUGGAGGAGGGCUUUGUCCUUGGCAGCUCCCCUCCUCCAGCCUGGACCCCCCCCACUCCCCUAGCAUGGCCUUUGGCAUCAGGGAGCAGAUACUGUUAGCUCUUCACUUAACUCACCCGCCGCAACUCUCCUCCACCCUCACCUGCUUGAUCAAUUCUGCUGUUUUCUUAAAAAACAAAACUAAACAAAAAAGAUGUUUUGUCAGGACACUUUUGUGUCGAGUUGUACCACAGUCCAGAUCGGAUGACACUGAGGGUGUUAUGCAUAUGCAGCACUGCACAAUGUAAACAUGUAAACACUUUUUUUCUAUUUUUUUUUUUCAAGCAAAGGUUUUGUCUAGUGUGAAAUACAGAGGAGAGCUUGUUGCAAAUGUAGGACAUUGCCUGUUUUGUUUUUUUUUUCCACUGAAACAAAUUGCACAUGGAAAUGCUCUUCUUGCUUUGUGCUGUAAGGAGAUUUUGCCACUCGGAGGGGUAUCUGGCUAGUGGUUGCGACUCCACUCCAGCAUUCGUUUUUCUUUCAGCGAUGGGUCAGUCCACUUUUCCCUCUGCACAACUUUAGAAAAAAAAAACUGGCUCUAGAUCUGUGGGACGCAUCGCAGUUCUGUCAUCGUCAGGUGACUUGUUGUCGUCAGACGGCAGCAGCAUGGAGAUAGUUGUUUUAAAGAAAAUGCAAAGAAACCAGGCGGUUCUCAACACUGACUGUCUGCUAUAACACCCCCCCUGGCCAGUAGGGGGUACCGCAGCCCCUCUACCCAGGGUGGGGGUGCCAACCACAGCUGACGGUUAUCAGGGAAACUCAGAGAUGGACAACUCCAGCAGAUGGCGAUGAUGAUGGUCUCUUGAUUUUGAGUUACAUGUAGAUAUUGCACUUUAACAGCCGUCCUCUCAUUCUGAAUCAACUAGUGCUUCCGUGUGUGUGUGUGUGUGUGUGUGUGUGUGUGUGUGUGUGUGUGUGUUUGUGUGUGUGUGUGUGCGCUCAGUAUGGGCCCACGCUACAUUUCCCACACUGGGCUCUCAACUCUCGGACAGUUUGAUUGGAACCUUAACAUCAUGAGCACACCCGCCUCUGUCUGCAGUGCAUGCUAGGACAUUAAAUGCAGCUCCUCCACAGCACAGCAAAAGGCUGAGGGCUUCUGGGCGUUUCCAUGGAAAACCGCCCAACCCACUUUACAAAAAUCGGCAGCUACGAGCUACACUGCAAUCCAGACAUUUUGACAUCAUGCAAAAAUGCCUGCGAGGAGGCCACAAGUGAGGUGCAGAGACUUACAAAAGCGCAUGGGGGGGGGGGGGUUUAGUGUUUUUAAGUGUGGAGAAAUAUUCCUCUGCUUUGGCAGCAGGCACUUGUAUAUGCAAUCUCAAUUUAAAGAAUUCUGUGACAGAAGGCUCCUGCAAGGCUGCCAUAUUGUGUGUGUGUGUGUGUGUGUG